AUGUCUGCCAUACUUUCCGUUCGCGGCGCCCGCGCCCUCCUCGUUGCCGCCUUCCUCAUGGCAGUUACUCUCAUCUUCACACUCAGGGAUGGCUACCACUUCCGCACCAGUCGCGUCGACAAUGCGGCACCUAAAGAACAACCCGACAGCGAAAAGCCACAACUUCCUGAGCUGAAAUACAUUCCGUCCCCGACAUGGACUCCUCCGGCCGUCAAGGACCCCUUUCCCGCGCUCGCAACGGCGACGGCGGCCCCAUCAAUUCCUCCGUGGAAUACACCGAAACCAGACCUGCACACACACUACGGCCUCGACUACCAGCCGCCUCUGUUCAUAGGUUUUACCCGCACAUGGCCGGUCCUGCUUCAGGCGGUUGUCUCCUAUAUCACUGCCGGAUGGCCCCCCUCAUCCAUUCACGUCGUCGAAAAUACCGGAGUCCAACAUGCAAACGCCGAAGGCAUGCUCACGCAGCAGAAUCCUUUCUUCCUCAACCAUACACAGCUCCAGCUCCUCGGCGUUAACAUCGUCCGAGCCCCAGUCCUGAUGAACUUUGCCCAGCUCCAAAAUUACUUUACCUAUCUCGCGAGGGAGAACAAUUGGCCAUGGUAUUUUUGGAGCCACAUGGACGUACUGGCGCUGUCAUACGAGGACGGACUCGAGGGCGUGACACCGCGGGCUGGAGAAAAAGACUACAAGACCGUGUACGAGCUUUGCCUGGCGGAGCUAAACGCGACGCGAUAUGGCGACGACAAGGACCGAUGGGCGGAUCGAUUCUUCGCGUACGACCACCUCACGCUGGUGAACCGCGCUGCGUACGAGGCUGUUGGUGGCUGGGACACCUUUAUCCCAUACUACAUGAACGACUGCGACAUGCAUUCGCGCUUGUUGAUGGGGGGUUGGACGCAACGCGAUGCCCGCGCCGGCAUCAUCACCGACGUGAGCUCCGUGCUCGACGACUUUGGCGCCUUCUACCGCGAUCCGACUGUCAAGCCGACCUUUACCGACCCCAACCCCCCACCGCCCGAAGACAAGAAGGAUGACAGCAAGAGCAAGCGUGAGGUGGCUGAGAGCGACCGCACCGGCAACGUCGUGCCGACCAACGAAACCGACUACUGGAUCAGUCUGCGCGAGACUGCGAAUAGCAUGUUCCACUACAAGCACGGCUCGCGCGGGCGCAACACCUGGCAGCUCGGGCAACAGGGCGGCUUGGGAGAGCCCUUCUACUAUCCGGCAAGGGGCGUCGCCGAGGCCGUGGAUGUUUUGACGGAGGCAGGCCGAGAGGUCUUUCGGCGGAAAUGGGGCCACCGGGACUGUGACUUGCUCACGGGAACAAGAUUAAAGGUGGACGACCAGUGGAGGGUCGAGAAAGACUGGUAG